CCUAGGGGGGGGCAGGCCCUGUGCGCGGUGGGAAUGUGGUCAAUUCAAUGGAGCACCGCCCGCACAGCUGCUUCCAGCCCUCCGGGGAGCCGCCGGUAACCCGUUGUUUCUAGGUCUAUGCGGGGAUGGUGUUGGAGUGUCACGGUCAUGGUCCAGGAUGUGUUGUGUUGUUUUAGGGGAUGGCGUUUAAGUAACGCCGUUCUCGCCGGGUCAUUGGCGGCUUCACAGUAUGACCAGUGCCACCAGCUAAUGGAGCCUGAGUCCGACUCCAUCUACUCAACUAGAACUGCGCUCCUUGCCUGCUAGUCUGUCCGUGUUUCUGGAAUACCCCAAGCCCGACCCAGGCCAGCCCGACCUCACCAUGCCCGCCAUCAAGACAGUCGAGUACUUCCGCGUCAAGCCGAGAUGGCUAAUGGUCAAGAUCACGGACGAGGAGGGAGAAUACGGAUGGGGUGAGGCCACGCUCGAGGGCCAUGACCUGGCAGUAGAGGGCACACUGCAGGAGAUGAUUCCGAGGUUAAUCGGGAUGGAGGCCAACGAGAUCGAGAACAUCUGGCAAAAGUUCUGGAGGCAUGGAUUCUACCGCGGCGGGCCCGUCUUCAUGUCGGCGCUGUCCGGUGUCGACAUUGCGCUGUGGGACUUGAAGGGACGCAGGCUCAAGGUCCCCAUCUACGAGCUGCUGGGCGGCAAGGUGCGCAACAAGGUGCAGGUGUACUGCUGGAUCGGCGGCGACCGCCCCUCGGACGUCGAGGCGGCGGCCAAGGUGCGGCUGGCACAGGGGCUCAAGUGCGUCAAGAUGAACGCGACCGAGGACGCGGGCUGGGUCGACUCGCCCGCGGCGCUGGACGCGACGGUGGAGCGGCUGCGGGCCGUCAAGGCGCUCGGGCUCGACGCCGGGCUCGACUUCCACGGGCGCCUGCACAAGCCCAUGGCCAAGCAGCUCGCGCGCGCCCUCGAGCCGCUCCGCCCGCUCUUCAUCGAGGAGCCGCUCCUCAGCGAGCACCCCGAGGCCAUCAAGCAGCUCGCGGGCCAGACGGUGUGCCCCAUCGCGCUGGGCGAGCGCCUGUACACGCGCUGGGACGUCAAGCGCUUCCUCGAGGACGCGUCGGUCGACAUCCUGCAGCCCGACAUCGCCCACGCGGGCGGGAUAUCCGAGACGCGCCGCAUCGCGCAGAUGGCCGAGGCCUACGACGUCGCCAUCGCGCCGCACUGCCCGCUGGGGCCCGUGGCGUUUGCGGCCUGCAUGCAGGUGUCGCUGGCCACGCCCAACUUUGCCAUACUCGAGAUGAGCCUGGGCAUGCACUACAACACCGAGUCCGGCGACGGCGUCGACCUGCUGACGUACCUGAAGAAGCCCGAGGUUUUUGACAUCGCCGACGGCUACGUCGCGGCCCCGACGGGCUACGGGCUGGGCAUCGAGAUCGACGAGGAGGUGGUGCGCAGGAUCGCGGCCGACACGGCGCCGUGGCAGUGCAAGGAGUUCCGCGGGCCGGACGGGUCGAUUCGGGAGUGGUAGGGUGAGUGCCGUCGACUGGGCAAUUGGGCGACUGGGCGACUGGGUGACUUGGCGACUGGGCAGCGGUGCGCGAUAUCUUCGCCUGCAUUCAUUGCCUUACCUGUGACCACACCAUAUAAGUGUCCUUCCAACUGUUGCAGUCAUCGAAUUCGGACUACAAGAAGGCAACUUGUGGUGCAGUGGUUGUGUUCGGGGUACUCAUACCACGCGGACUGCUGUGCUCUUUGGAGCUCGGGUUCGAUCCCCCGUGGGGGCGCCAUAAGUCGAAGAAAACCAAUUUUAACGGUUUCGUACCUGUCCACCCUCAAAAGGCUGGGCAACAAUCUUUUUGCUUUUUGCACUGCUGCUACCUAGUAUUUUUUUUGCCGCUCCAUACUCGUUGAAAAACGGCAUGGCUGCCUAACAGCGAGAGGUAACUAUAAAAAAUAGGCAGAGCACGCGUAGUAGUAAAUGAUAGGGAAGAACCCUUAGUAGGUAGAAAUAUCUCGUUUGGUUACGGUAUUUUAUCCAACUCCCAAACGCCGCACUUCUUUCUUCUUGCAACACUUGUUUUUCUUUUCACCCUAACACGA